AUGGCCUACCAAUCCGACUUGUUCAUCAAACAGAUGGACUUUGUCAACAACACCGCCGCAUCAUUGAUCACAUGUAAACGUGCCAACUUCUUGAUGACCGGUUCAACUAUCUCCAACAACAACUUCCAAGACCUACUCAUUGAUAUCAACAAUGUCGAGCAAUCAGUAAUCUCCAACUGCACCAUCAAUAAUAACAUUAAUAUACGUUUAGGUGGCACGACAACAUUGAUUGAGAAUGGUGGAUCAUUGUUGAUAAAGGAUACCGACUUUGAUGGCAACUCCAACUUGUCAUACUUGCUACGGAACAAUGGCAACAUGACCAUCGUGCGCACAUCCCUGACCAACAACUCGAUCAAGAAUGGACAACUCGUCUAUGGAUUCUUCAGCAUCGUAUCAAUGACCAACUGCACAUUGUCCAACAACAUGUUUGUUGGCUCCAACAUCAUGCGCAUGACCGGCUCCAGACUCUCGCUCCACGACGUCGUUAUUGGUGUGAAUCUCGGGCUGGCCAUCUCUGCCCCCAUCGUCGAUUGUUCCAAAGGUCACUUGGCCAUCAACAAUAUAAAGAACCAUGAAGGUAGGGACCUGGUGAGCUGCGAUGAAGAGUACCAAUGUUCGUUACAAGGUGAUCACCCCGACAUUUGUAGAGCUGGACUAAGUGGUGGAGCCAUUGCCGGAGUCGUCAUCGGUUGUAUCGUUGGUACUGCACUCAUUGUCGCUGUGAUGUCCGUGGUCAUCAGGAGAAGAAGAAGAAGAAGCAGCAGCAGCAGCGGACAUUAUAAAAUAUAG